UUUUCCUCUGGAUUGUUUUGGAAUCCAUGAUGAAGAGAUUUCUUAUCUUACUCUUGGCCACGGCCGCUCUAUGGGAUUUGGCCGUUUCUUUGCAGUGUUACACCUGCAUCAAAAAGCCCAUGAGAAGCUGCAACGAGACCAAGGAGUGUCUGCCCUCCCAGAAGUCCUGCCGGACAGUUGCUGAAAGCGGCGAAGUUGGUUUUCCCUUUAACGGAGAAUCAGUGGUGACCAAGGACUGUGCCAAUAACUGCCAACCAACUGACCCGAACGCACUCGGAAAGGAGAUGGAAGUCAACUGUUGUGAAUCGGAUCUUUGUAACAGUGGGGGUCUUCUUGCCGGUGCAUCGAGCAAUACCGACAAACCCACCUCAACCAAAGCCACCACUCAAGCGACCACCAAGAACGCCACUAAAUCUGCCACCCAAACACCAUCUAAUACUCAAGGGGUCACCAGCACAGCUUCUGUGGCCACAACCUACACGGCCCUGGCAAUGGGUGCGGUGGCCAUCAGAUGUGUCCUCCAGAUAUAGACAUGAACCAAUCUACUCUCGAUAGACUCAAAUAUAUAUAUAUGUAGAAAUACUUUUUAGAUUGUAUUUAUAUGUAGAUACUUUUGUGAUGUAUAUGACCUGAUACAGGGCCUUCAGUCUGGAACGUCUGGAGGGAAGAAACGUCCACUUUUAGAAAAAUCGAAAUGUUUUUCUUCCGUUAAUGUCGCUGGUUCCUUGCAGGUUGGAUUCUGGAGGCUAUCGGGCUGGAUGGCCACAUCCCAAUAAAUGAACAUAGACUACCAUAAUUUCAUGAUUUUUCAAAAAUGUUGUUUGCAUUUUCCAUGAUGAUCUCCAUCGUUAGAAAUCAUAUAAUAAU